AUGAACAAAUUUCAGAAUGUGCCACCACCGAAGCGCAGAGGAUAAACACAAAUCAAAAAAUCUAAUGACGAAACUAUAAGAUCAAAACAAUAAAAAUCCUUUACUAAUAUAAAUUAAGCUGGCGUAUCUCAGUUAGAUGGAAAUAAUAAAAAUCUAAAAUUGAAUAUUGCUGUAGCAGAUAAUACUACAAGUGCAACAAUAAAAACAGUUCACAUGUAAUGCUUUUUGGAUAUCUAGUAAACUGAUUAAAAAAUAAAUCAAAAGACUGAAUAAAUGUGUUAGCAAUAAAUCAAUACAACAUAACUUGAUUCAGCUGAUUAAAAUAAUAUCAGUUAGGUUUAUGACUAAAGUGUUGGUUUAGUCUUUGUAUUGACCUUUUUAGCUUGGAUUGGAUUAGGAAUAUUCUCAUUCCUAUCUACAGAUUCGUUUGAAAAAAUAGAAUAAAUUAAUGAUUUAAAGAAGGACUCUAUUUCAUCAGGCUUGUACUGUGUAUUUCUAUCAGCAAUUAUUGUCUUUGUUUUAGGCGCCAUAAUUUAAUAUCUUCUGUUUAAAAACUCUUACAGGACCCUCCUUUUUUGCAUAAUUUUUUCUGUUUUGAUUAUCAUAGGGCUAGCUAUUUUUGCAUUCUAUAAAGGCUAUACAGCAGUAGGUGUUCUUGCAAUAAUAUUUUUUGUUUUUAUAAGCCUUUUGUCACUCAGUGUGGCAGAAAAUCUAAACUCAUCUGCGAAAAUAAGCGAAUUAUGCUUUUUAUUUAAAAUAAUUGAAAAAAAAUAUAUAGUUUUGCUCACUCUAUUUAGCUUGUUAAUCUUGAUUGAAAUGAUUUAUUCAGUAUUUUGUUUUAUAAAUAUCCUUUUUAGUCUGUCUAACAGUGUAGAUCACUAAGGAGCCUACAUUUUUUUUGCUAUUAUUUUCACUUAUAUUUCUAGUUGGGUCAUUGAUACUACCACCAGUAUUUACGAUUUCACCAUUUCAAGAAAAUGUUCUUAAUGGUAUUAAUAAUAAUCAAUGCCAAAUGUUUAAUCUGAUUACCAAUAAAAGAUGGUAUCAUCUCCAUCUCCGCUAUAAACAGAAAUUAAUAAUAAUGAUAAAAACCAAAAUUAAUAAAACACAAUUUCCACUUUUAAAAAAGCGACAGAAAUACAAGCAUGCCAAUAAGAAAACAUUACUACCAAAUAAAAUGAUUUCAUAGAUUUAGAAAAAAAUGAAUCGUCAAGAAAGAUGAUUUAAAAUAGCCAAUAAAAAUCUCCACACAAUCAAAUUAAAAUGUAGCAAGAUUCAGAAACUAUUUAAGAAAUGCUGAAAGUAGCUUUUUCAAAAAUUGGAUCUAUCUGCUAUGGAAACUUAAUAAAUCAGCUAUUUAAUUUAGCAUACUUCAUAGUUUACUUGAUAUUAGUUUGCACAACAGUGAUAUUCUUCAUAACACCAUACAUAUAAAAUAUUAGAAAGUAUACAAUCUAGGUAAAAAUCCAACUUUGCUUAGUUAGACUCGCAUAUGAUGCCAAAGAUUAUUGUUAAAGCUUAAAUUUCACGAAUAAAAUUGUAUAAGUAUAGAGUUAUAUUUUUUUUUAUGCCUUAUGGGGAAUAAAUGAGAUUACUAAUAUUAAUUAAUUAUUUUGCUUUACAUCAGGCUUUGCUGUCGGAGUGGCUAUUAUAUCUGAAUUAAAUUACUCUAAAUGGUAUUUCACAUUCUUAUUUAUCAUAAUUAUAUUUGCUGUCACUUUACAAGCUUCCAAAUUCAUAAUUGCUAACUUUUAAAUGAUCGUAUACUCAUUAGCCUCCUAUUAAGAAAUUGAGAGAAGUUAAAAGCCAAAAGUAUUCUCAAAAAACUACCAAACAAUUUAUAAUGUACUCCUUCAAGCUUUCAAACUCCAAAAAGAAAAACUAAAAAUAUAAGAUCUCUAUUGA